AUGUCUGAGGAUAACCCAGUCAAGAAGGGAGAGAAGAAUUUCCUCUACCGCCCUACCCCCUUCACGUAUAGGCUCAAUACAUUCGUCUUGGUGUUGGACCUGGGGCUGGAAGGGACGUUCCUCAGCGAAGUGCUUUACAAGAACGCUACUUUCCUCAACUUGGUGGACCCCAUCUCCCACGACCUGCUGAUGAGCCUCGCUAGAGACCUGCAGUGCCCCAAAAAGGAAUAUGACCCCUGGAAGUCCGCAGACAGGAUCUGCAGGCAGCUGAUUUACCACCUGAGCCCUCACUCCACAUGGCAUAGGCAUGGCAUGCCCCGCAGGAAGUCCCAGGCAUGCCUGAAGACCAACCUGCAGAAAAAGCUGAGCCAAGACUCCAUGGAUUUAUCAGGGAUCCCCCUGACCAUGCGGGAUGUCCACCGCAUGGCCUAUUACCUACAGAACAACGGUGACAGCCUCACGGCCGUAGACCUGAGCUUCACCGAGCUGACCGACGACAUGAUGCGCCUGCUACUGCCCUUCUUCUGGGCCCUGCCCAGGCUCACUCACCUCUCCCUCAACGGCAACAGGCUGACCCGGGCCACCAUGAAGGAGCUGACGGACACCAUGAAGGACAUGAGCAAGUUCCCCUGCUUGGCCUGGAUAGACCUGGGCAACAACGUGGACGUCUCCUCCAUGCCACAGCCCUUGCUGGUGGGCCUGCGCAAGCGCCUGAGCCAGCAGACCACCCUGCCCACCAUCUACGAGUCCCUCGACUGCGACGCCGAGCUGCCCGGUGGGCAGGAAGUCAACCGCCCGGAGGAGAGGGGCGAGGGAGGCCCGCAGCCCGUGGCAGAAGACAGGGACGCCCCUGGGGACUUCCCUCAGCAGUGCUGCGAAAGGUGACGCGGCGGCAGGCCUUGGCUGUCG